GAGUGGACUUGUGCGGACGUGUGGUGCGCAUGGUGGAGCGAGAGCGAGGUACCCGGUGCGUCGGCCAUUGUUGGGCCCGCUCUGAGAUCUGUAACUGUUGUCCUCCAGCCUUCAACCUGGCGGCCGAUCACCUCCACCACCGCGUGGUGCCAUCCCUCGUGGUCAACCUCAACCCCAGGAGUCUGAAGAUCUCCCCCGUCAAGGCGGAGCUCCAGGAUAUGUCAGAACAGCCGCAGAAAAAGAGAAGACUGAGCUUGUGUGUGGGGUGCGGGGCGCAGAUUCACGACCAGUACAUCCUGAGGGUAGCGCCGGACCUGGAGUGGCAUGCCGCAUGCCUCAAGUGUGCGGAGUGCCAUCAGUUUCUGGAUGAGACCUGCACCUGCUUCGUCCGUGACGGCAAGACCUACUGCAAGCGGGACUAUGUUAGGUUAUUCGGGACCAAAUGCGACAAGUGCAACCAGAGUUUUAGCAAGAACGACUUUGUGAUGAGGGCGAAGACGAAGAUUUACCACAUCGAGUGCUUCCGGUGUAGCGCGUGUGAAAGACAACUGAUUCCGGGCGACGAAUUCGCGCUGCGGGAAGACGGUCUGUUCUGCAAGGAGGAUCACGAGGUACUGGAGAAGGCGACAAACGGAGAGAACAACAACAACAACACCAACCUCAGCAACAACAACAGUUUACAUCACAACGAGGGCUCCAACUCUGAUUCGUCAGAGUCAGGCUCCAAGUCAGGGAGGGACGGAGGCAGGGGCGGCGGGUCGACCAAGGUGUCUUCGGACGGCAAGCCGACCAGGGUGCGCACCGUUCUGAACGAGAAGCAACUGCACACCCUCCGCACCUGCUACAACGCCAACCCGCGGCCCGACGCUCUCAUGAAGGAGCAACUGGUGGAGAUGACGGGACUUAGUCCACGGGUCAUCAGGGUCUGGUUCCAGAACAAACGGUGUAAGGAUAAGAAACGAGCCAUAGCGAUGAAGCAGCAGCUACAGCAGGAGAAGGACGGUCGGAAGAUGGGCUACGGCAGCAUGCAAGGGAUCCCUAUGGUGGCCUCGAGUCCUGUACGCCAUGAGAGUCCCCUGGGAAUGAACCCCAUAGAAGUUACCUCGUACCAACCUCCGUGGAAAGCGCUCUCAGACUUCGCUCUCCACACCGACCUCGAGCGUAUGGACGCGGGGGCUCCGCCCUUCCAACAUCUGGUAAGUCAGAUGUCGAUGUUCCAGAUGCACGGGUUCGAGCUGCACGGCGGCGGCCACCCUCCCCCGCCCCCCGCCCAUGACCAAGGGCUCGGCCCCCCGCCCGGGGACAUGAUCCACCCGGACUCCGCCGACUCUUACGUCACCUACCUAGAGAGCGACGACAGCCUCCAUCACGACGGCUCCAGCCCAUAACGGUCGGAACCGUGACGGCCUGCGCAUGUACAAAAUCGUCUGUAUAUACGGCCUGAUUGUACAUAAUCUCUGUAAAUAGCGUGAUAUAGUGUAACUAAUGUAUCGAUACGGUCUCCACGUUAAGAUUUGGCUUCGGCAUCCGAAUGCCCACAACUACAAGCGGAAAUGAGCUUUAUUAGUUUUACUCUAUGUAAAUAUCCUGUAAUUUCAUAAUUCUGUUGUAAAUCUAGGAGCUGUAAGAGUACGCGUUUAUAAUUUUCAACAUUUGAAAGUUAAUUAGCAAUUCAAGUGCAAUCAAAAUUUGUGUCGUUGUAAAUUUAACAUAAAUUAUUUGACAAUUAAAGGUUUUACAUUAUUGUACGAGUUUAUACUAAUCCUGCUGACUUUUACUUAGUUGUUUUGAAAUAUUUAUAUUUAAAAAUUCAAAUUUUUUUUAUUUUUAUUUGUUACUUGGUGUGAUUUUGGCCUAUGUAACCAAUUAUGCACUCAAAACCAACUAUAUCCACGAUACUGUAGUCUUGUAAGUUUGAGUGCAAGCUUCUUUUCAUCUAAACAUUCGAAAUAGAACCCUAUUAUAAUUUGUAGCUGAAAGUUACAAAAGUACACUAUCCUAUGUUAGGGCAAGGAAAUCGAAGCCAAAGCGUAACGUAUACAUUGUAACAUUGAAACAUCGAUAUUUAAAUUAUUCUGAAAGAGACACCGUUCUAGUAUCAUUUGAUGGGGCAGUGUUUCAUCUGUAUUUCGACGUUGAAAACGUUUGUUUCACUUGUCCAGGAGUAGUGGAAUGGUUGUAAUUCGAGUUUUUCAAAUUUUUUAACUUUAAACGUAACGUAGUCUAUAGAAAUUUGAUAUCGACUCGUCUUGUUUUAAGUGUUUAUGCGCCACAUUGUGAUUGUUUUCAUUACAAAUAUUAUUAUUGUUGGUGAUAGUUCUUACUAUAAAAAUGUUUGGAAUUGUACGAACCAAACGAGUCCAACCCCUUACUUUUAAUUUAUUGUAAGAUUAUAUUAAGUUAAUUAUGCCAUUAAAAGGCCGUUUUAAUCAAAAUUACAAUAGUAGAACCUUCUUAAGUAUUCAUUUAUACUGGUUAUAAAACUAAAAUUGUAAAGAUUGUAAGUUGUAGAUAAAACAACGAAAUAGACUAUGUUCCUAAACAAUAUAUGUACUGACAUUCAGUACUAGCAAGUCUGCUAAUAAUAUUUAUUUUAGUUUUAGAAACUAAUUAUACCUAAUAUAUACAUUAUUAUGGCCUAACAGAAUAAAUUGUUAAAUUUUAUUUUGCUAAUUGAUAAAAAAACGAACGCAAAGAAUGUUCCAUUGUAUUUUUUAUUAUUUUUGAAAUAACUGUAUCGUCAAUGUUUUUGAAAUAGAGUUGUUAAAAUUUUGUCUCUAUGUGUCAUCAAAUUGGUUUUCAUAGAUACAAAAAUAGUGUUGAUGUUUGUUAACGAUAAAUAUUAACUUUAUGUCAUUGUUCAUAAAUUAAAAUGACCGAUCUUGUAACUUCUGUACCAAUUUUCACUUUUCUCCAUUAAGAGCCUGUUAUUUUCGUUCGGCCUUUUCUGUUGUUCAUUUGCUCAGCUUUCACAUUGCAUUGUGAUUUGACAGUUGUAGAUACAGUUGUUGAUACGUGUUGUACAUUGUUCUGUACAUAUGGUUUGUACUUGAGUUGUUGUAGCACCUCUAGAGUGCCUGCCCGAGUCAAUGUCGUCAACAAAUAAAUCAAUAUUAGUUGAUUCA